GUCAGUGUGUGAGUGUGUGUGUGUGUGUGUGUGUGUCUGUGUGUGUGUGUGUGUGUGUGUGUGUUAUCUGUUGUUGUUCAUUCCUGAAAACAUCAGCCGGUCCCUAUGAAUGGUGCCUAGUGGCUUUUCAGGGUUUUGAAAAGAAUCAGAGAUGCUGCCUCCACUGCACGUCAGGAGGAUAUGGAGGCUGACGGACGAGCCGUAGAGGAUUUGACGACGACAGAAACGGCAGGCAGAACUGAUUCCUGAGGCCUAACCGAGGCCAAGCAUGGCCCUUACUGAACUCAACCCCAGGGCUUUUGUCUGCUCACUCUUCGUCCUCUCAUGUCUGCACACAGCCACGGGAAUGUCAGGCUGGGCCGGAUGCCUGGACGGAGAGGAUGUAUUCGCAAAAGUCAAAGAAAACAGCCUUGCGGGAGAAGUGGUCGCCGAGCUCAUGGCAGACACCUCGAUGGAGGGGGUUCAGUGGAGCCUGAGAGGAAAGGACGCUGACUGGUUCUUCCUGGACGAAAGAAACAUCCGGCUGAACGCGUCAGCUGACAAGGUCUUUGACCGAGAGGUCUUAGGUCCUGUGCUGAUGGCCGAGUUAUCAUGCCAUGAGGAGGACACUCUUCAGAGUGUGUACAGGGUCGUGGUGGAGAUCCUCAAUGAGAACGACAACUUACCCACGAUUGCAGACAACAAGCUAGUUCAGUCUCUUACCGUCAGCGAGUUGAUUCCAGUGAACUCCGUGGUGUUUACAGUCCAGGCCACUGAUGGAGACAAUGACAAGCUUGUUUACUCAGUUGAUCCGACAUCACCUGAUGCGGAGUACUUCAAAGUCGACCUGCCAAACAGUGGGGAGGUGAUCCUGGCCAAGCCUCUAGACUAUGAGACCAAAAAUCUGCUCACAGUUACCGUCUAUGCCUCAGAAAUGAACACAGCAGAGCACUUUAACACCAGCACCAACAUCACCAUCACUGUCCGGGAUGGAGAUGACCAGUACCCUCAGUUCCUGCCCUGCGUGCUGCUGUUCCAGGAUGAGACCAGUCGAAUUUGCACCAGCCCCAAGUACACAGUCAAUGUCACAGAAGGGGAGGAGGACAUUGUGCUGGACUUUACUCCUGGUCCCAUUCAUGCAGUGGAUGGAGACAGGGGACUCAACUCUACAGUCAGCUACGCCAUUCUCUCAGGCGAUGAUGAUGAGCGUUUCAUCAUGGACAAACAGACAGGAGAGGUGAGGUUGAUUCGAGGGGUGAGAGACAGACUCACAGCUCCAGAGCUCUAUCUUCAGGUCAUGGCCUACCAGGACAACGACCCCAGGAAGUAUUCUGUUGCAACAGUGUUGGUCCGAGUUCUGGCAGUGAACCUGUUUCAUCCAGAGUUCGACAAGCCUGAAUAUCACGGCUUUGUAACUGCAGAACAGAGUGCAGCAUCCCUGGUCAACACCUACGGCAGCAAAGCACUAAUGUUACAUGUGCUGGAUCAAGACUUUAACCAAGGUUUCAAUCCCAUGAUCGGCUUCACCUUCAGUCCAACCUCCAAUCACACGGACAUCUAUCAAGUCACACGGGAGGGGCUCCUGAUCGCCAGGAACAGCCGACUCAAACCGAAACAGAAACAUGUCCUUGAGGUAAUGGCCUUGGACCAGGAAUCAGGUGACGCCACCUUUGCAACCGUUGUGGUGGAGGUGUUACCUGAAGGACAGUUGAUUCCAUAUAGUCCACUGGAAGGUGACCGCCUGACGGGCUGCGCCGUGGGCAAAGCGUUGUUCCUGAGCAUGGUGUUCAUGACAGUACUCGGAUGUAUCCUGUCCGUGGUUUUGUGGCUCAAGAAGAAACACAAAGGAAAGAGGGACCCACUGGAGAGAGGCUGUGUGGCCCAGGGGAAACAUCCCAAUGUGAGCUUACGGUGGUUUACAGUGGUGAGUCACCGUAGUGCUAUGCCCCACAUGGAGGAAGUACCCUAUAAAAAUGAAGAAUAUGGAACCUGCAAUCCUUCCUUCAGCUUCGCAGACAAAUCAGGCAUCUGCGUCCUCCAAGACCUCCCCUCUUGUCCAGAACCUAUUUCAACCCAAAACACUGCAGUGCAUGACACUAGCUUUGUCCUGACUGAAACUGUCUGCAGUAGCCUUGUGUCCUCCAAUAAUAAUAAUGCUUCUACACCAAACAAAAGCCCCUCUAGUUCACCCACCUGUUACCCAUCUACUGUGGAUGUGGGACCUCCAAAUAUAGCUGAAGAUGCUGCUCUGUGCCCAGAAAACACCACCACCACCACACCAGCGGCUACAACCCCAGAACCCAUCGAUGCACGAUCUAACACCAGCCCUGACCCUGGAACCCAUGACUCCAGAAGAACUCCACCUUCAACCCGUCCAGAUUCACAGACGACCACCAACGACGACCCGACUGACCUAGUCACCAGCCCCUCUUCCCAAUCCAGUGUCCCGUGCAGUCAAACCCGGAUUGCUUCAGCGGAAAUUGACAAGCCCUUCUGCAAGCCUCGUGCAAGGACACCCCCAUAUUCGCCUGUGACGUCCUCACCUCUUCCCAAGCAGACAAGCACGCCCCCACCCACCCCAGAGAAUGCCCCUUUAAAAGCCACAUUGGUGCAUAUAGAUACGUCUCCGCUUGAUACACCUCCAGAAUCACCAGAGCCGACAUCCGUGAGCGCAGACGAACCCUCCACAUCACUGGACCAAAUAGACCAGUCAGGUGAUACAGGUGUGACAGCAGACACCGGUAGUCCAUCUCAAGACAGAAGGCCCUCAACAAACUCUGGAAACACCCAAGAUGGCCGUGGAUUGGGGGAUGAAGAGGAUGAUGGUUUUCUGGGAGAUGAAGAUGCAGACAAGAACAGUGAGGGUGAUAGUGAGUUAGACCCAGACGACGAAGAGCUGCUGAGAGCCAUUGCUCGUUGUAAUCCUAUUUUUAUCACGUUCGGUAAGUGAUGUCACUAUGAUAUCGCAGGCAAUGAGAGCGACGGGGCAGGCGGCCGAAAAUGGAGCGGGUAAGGUGAAGAAUGACAGUAGGCGGCGGACAACGGACAGCCAUCGAAGAGAGAACAGCUACAGUCUGGUUCUGCUGUGCUGUAGGUACUGCUGAAGCAAUGAAAGAAGAGGGCAGACACAUGCAGGACAAAUAAAAGAAGAUGUUCUCACUUUAAG